AUGGAGACCGCAACGGGGCCACUAUCGAGGGUCAUCACCAAGCUUGGUGUUCUUCUCAAGCUUAACAGCCAGGACAAGAUCUGGGCCAUGGCCAGGUCAAAGAGGAGGAGAGAGAGAGAGGAGAUUAUGUUUCUUCACUCUGAGCUCGAGAAGCUCUCCAAUACACCGACAGACCAGCUUAACAGCCAGGACAAGAUCUGGGCCAGAGAUUUUAGGGAGCUGUCUGAUGACAUAGAGGACAUUAUUGACACACUCAUGAUGCCUGGCAAGCUCAACGAGUCAGCAGAGUUGAGUCGUAUGUUGAGUCGUAUACGGAGAUCAGUUGCUAGACAUAUGAUUCCUACUCGGAUCAGAGACAUCAUAAGCCGUGUCUCAGAGGUGCACAAGAGGUGUCACAUGUACGAUGUUAACCUUGGUGUUGAUAAACCUACCAAACCUACUGUGGACCCACGUUUAUUUUCUCAGUACACAAUGAUUAAAGACCUCGUUGGCAUUGAUGAAACUAGAGAUGAGUUAAUCAAGAUUUUGAUGGGAGAGAACGGAGUGCCCUCACAGCAAGGCAAGAUAGUCUCCAUUGUUGGAUUUGGUGGGAUGGGCAAGACAACUCUUGCUAAUGCAGUGUAUGAGAAGAUUAGUGCACAAUUCGAUUGCUAUGCUUUUGUAUCAGUGUCUCAAACUCCUGACUUGAAUAAACUAUUCAAGGACAUUCUGUAUCAACUUGAUAGGAAUAAAUACGAUGACAGCAUCAAUGAACUCAGAGAAUUCCUUCAACAUAAAAGGUAUUUUCUUGUUAUUGAUGACAUAUGGGAUAUCUCAGUCUGGCAAACGAUUAGACGUGCCUUGCCUGAUAAUGAUAUUGGAUACAUAAUUAUCACAACAACGCGUAAUUUUGGUGUUGCGGAAGAAGUUGGUGGUGCUUACAAGUUGAAACCCCUUUCCCUGAGUAACUCCCAAAAGUUGUUGUACAGAAGAAUAUUUGGUAACGAAAACAAGGACAACAUUGAAGACAUAGAAAAAUGUCUGAAUAAGGAGCUGGCUGAAGUAUCCAAGAGAAUACUACAGAAAUGUGGUGGUGUUCCCUUGGCUAUUGUUACAAUAGCUAGUCUUCUAGCAUCUAAAGCAAGAAAUGAGAUUGAUUGCGUGUUUCCAGAAGAUUAUAAAAUUGAAAAAGAUCGUUUGAUAUGGAUGUGGAUAGCCGAAGGCUUUAUUCAAUGUGAAAACCAAGGUAAGAGUCUAUUUGCAAUUGGCGACAGUUACUUCAAUGAACUUAUGAACAGAAGUAUGAUCCAACCUAUCUAUGAGAGGUACACUGGCUUGAUAUAUGCUUGUCAUGUACAUGAUAUGGUGCACGAUCUUAUUUGCUUCUUGUCAAGUGAAGAAAAUUUAGUUACUAUAUUAAAUGGUGUGCGGUACACAUCUCCAUCAAAGUUGUUUGGGAGGUUGUCUCUUCAAUAUGGUAAAGAAGAUAACGCUUUGCCUCUACUACAUAAUGCAAGCUUGGAACAUGUAAGGUCAGCUGUUGUCUUUCCAUCAGCAUUUUGUGUAAUGCCAGUCCUUCCGAGAUUCCGAGUUUUACGGGUCCUGAAUUUACAAGAUUGUGAUCUUUCACGAGGUUACAGCCUUGGGUACCUUGGGGAUUUAUUUCACUUGAGGUACCUAGGACUAUGUGCCACACACAUUGCUCAGCUUCCUCAACAAAUAGGAAACCUAAAAUUUCUACAGACUUUGGAUGUGAGGGGCAACAAUAUGUUUAGCUUGCCAUCAACUGUUGUUCAGCUCAAAAAUUUGAUGUGCCUGUACAUUGAUGAGUUUACAAGAGUGCCAAAUGAGAUUGGGAGCCUAACAAACCUUGAAGUGCUGUCAACUUUAGACAUUACCGUCUCCAUUGACAUUAUAGAAGAGUUGGGCCAGCUAAUCAAACUGAGAGUGCUUCAUAUUUUGCUGUUCAUUGGUUGGAGUGGGAAGCUGGUGGAGUGCCUAUCCAAGCUGCAAAAUAUGGAAUAUCUAUACAUCAAGAUUUUUGGAGAUAAUCAAUGGGACUUUGGUGGAUUGGAUGCCUGGGUUGCCCCUCGACAUCUCUGUAGAUUGGAUAUAGAAUGGCCAUGCUGGUUCUCAACACUGCCAGCAAGGAUGAAUCAGUCUUACCUACUGGACCUUGUAUACAUAUCCAUUGCUGUGAGGGAUUUCUGGCAGGUCAAUCUCGAAACCCUUGGGAGGUUGCCAGCUCUCCGUCUGCUAAAACUGUCGGUGGAUCCAAAAAAUCUUGGAACCCUUGGGGGAUUCAUCAUUGGUGCUGGAUUAUUCCCAUGCCUUGUAUUGUUCCAGUUCGGAGGAUCUAUAGGGCCUAUAAUGUUUCAGCAAGGAGCUAUGCCAAGGCUGGAAAUUCUUAACUUUGAGUUCUGUGUACAGGCGGCUAGACAAAUCACCUGCAAUGGUGAUGGUCCUGAGUUGGGUCUGGGAAACCUGCCAUCACUCCAGGAUGUCAAAAUUUAUUUGCGUUCUAGAGGCGCUAGCAAGGAAGAGGUAAGGGAAUUGGAGGCUGCGCUGAGGCAUGCAGUUGAAAUCCAUCCCAAUCUUCCCAAGCAUCAGAUAUGCGGAUGA